AUGAUGAUCAACAACAAUCCCUUGUUCCGUGGCGGACUAGCAGCGUUGCUGUUCCUCUCCUGUACGGCCGCCAUCUUCCGUAACAAUCAGGCAGGAGCGCCUCAGGCAAACUCUGCCUCGCUCCAAAAGCAACACGCCAUCCGGGAACAAACGUUCAUGGUACCCUUUGACGAGAGCACUGGGACUACCCCUGAAUUUGACCAAGAGGGGGCUGAAAUCGUCCGUCGUCUCGGGGGUUACGGUUACGACAAAGGCCGCGACAGCGACAAGUCCAGCAAGGACAGUAGCAAGUCUAGCAAGGACAGUAGCAAGUCUAGCAAGGACAGUAGCAAGUCUAGCAAGGACAGUUACAAGUCUAGCAAGGACAGUUACAAGUCUAGCAAGGACAGUAGCAAGGACAAGCACCUCCGAGGGUAA